GUACUUCAUUAAAUUUGAGAUGCCUCACCUACCCCUGAUGGACCAGGCAGUGGAUUGUUCCGUAGGCUUUAUGAAGAAUGCGAUGGGCUCGUCGUCUUUCACAAACAAUGAUACCACUGUAUACUGCCACGUGAACAUAUUGCCUGAUAUUGCACAGCGUGUUGGUGCAGUGUCCUGCAUAGAAGUGCACUGGAACGAGGGGACCAGUUGGUCACGCAACAAAUAUUUUGCCGACAUAGUUGGGCACAUCUUCAACAAAAUUGUCAGGGACGAUUUGCGUAGGACAUUUGUGCUUGAGUUGUGGGUGUGUGCGGGGGUAAGAAACACACUUAUGUGUGCAUUUAAUGCUGCGGUGCUUGCGCUCAUUGAUGCCGGUGUUCCACUAGGAAAGAUGGUGCAUGCUGCAGCUUUUGAUGAACAGAAAGAGGGCGUUGUUCUUUUUGAGGAUGACCGCACCGUAUUCGUUCAUUCGUUUGGUGAUGUUGAUGAACACGGUAUUAAGAGUGCAGAGAACAAACUAACAGGGAUUAGAGACAUCAUGAGGUUCAGAUUGGAAAGUAAGUGUGGUUUUAACCUUUAGUAAAUGCUUUGCUCCGAGUAGAAAUGUUUGUUGAGCAGCAGAUGCUAAGGUCAUUUUAAGGACCUUUCGUUACGUGCACAACAAAAAAUUAAAAAUAUCAUAUAUCUGAA